AUGUCCCUAGAAAAGUUCAUCCGCCAAUCCGAUCAUUUGGUCGUGUUCGAGGCCAGUUUGAACGAUAAGGAUUUUCCUAUGUCCUCGGUUUUCUCUCUUGAGGUCCACCAGGAGGAGUUGGCCUCGAUCUGGGGAAAGUUAAAGGAGUCAUAUGAGAGAUGCCUGGCCGAUAUUGAGGGUGAGCUCUCGGGAGAUGACGGAGCGGAAGAACGGGUGGAGAUUACCACAGUUACGCACAAAUAUUCGAGUGCAUAUGUUACAUAUUGCCGAUGUAAUACUAGGAUUCGCGAGCUUAUCCAGGAGCUCUCUGCUUCCGCGACUGUUCCGAAGUCCGGACAAGCUAGUUUUGGUUUCAAGCUACCGCCAUGCGAGAUUCCAUUCUUUGAGGGCGACUAUUCAGCCUGGCCCACAUUUAGGGAUAUGUUUGAGGCAGUCUGUAUACGAAAUACGAGACUCAGUUCAGUGGAGAAGCUUUUCCACCUGCACCAGAAGACCAAGGGUGAGGCAAACGAUAUUGUCAGGAGACUUCCCCUUACUGGCGAAAAUUUUCAGGUAGCUUGGGCCAGUCUUUGUUCAAGAUAUGAGAACAAAAGGGUACUCAUUAACAUUCAGCUGAAGAAGCUUUUUGGACUUUCCGCAAUUUCCAACGAAUCUGCUUCGAACAUUAAGAUUCUUCAACGAGAUAUUAACUCAUGUAUCUCUUUGCUGAAACUGUACGAGGUUGAUGUGGAUAGCUGGGACCCCAUCUUUGUAUUCGUUUGUUCCAACUGCCUUCCAAAUGUGACCCUGACAUUGUGGGAACAGACAUUGUCUGACAAAUCAUGUAUUCCUAAGUGGUCAAAGUUGGACAGCUUUCUGACCAACAGGCAUAGGACUCUGGAAUCCGUAUCUGAGAUUAGGAAACCUGUUGAUACUCCUAGCUCUAGUUCCAAGCCGGGUUCGAAGACAUGUCAAAAGUCCAAUCCGAAAUUCCCAUCCAACAACAUUCGUGCCUUUCAAAACAAAGUGACUGAACCCGUUUGUCACUUGUGUCCUAAGGAGAACCAUAUAAUCCGGAAAUGUCCGAAAUUCCUGAAGAUGACGCAGGCACAAAGAUUCUCCGAGAUCAAGAAAAACAGUCUUUGUAUUAACUGCUUUUCGAAAGUUCAUACUGUCAAGAAUUGUUCUAGCAAGUUUUCUUGCUAUAAGUGUAACAAAAAACACAACACCCUCCUCCAUAAAGACGAUUCGAACAGUCCAUCAUCUCCAUCGGCACCAUCACCUUCUACUUCUAGCCUCGAUCCAAACUCUGCACCAUUUCAUGCCAACCCUAUACAGUCCACUAGUUCGUCUCAGGAUGGUGUAGUUCAGACUUAUUUCGCAACGAAUUCAAAGGGUGUCCUUUUGGGUACAGCUCUUGUAAAAGUAAGUCACAAUGGGCUGACUUAUAGAGCAAAGGCUUUGGUGGAUUCAGGGUCCGAAGGUACCUUUAUAUCGGAGAGACUGUUUAACGUUAUGAAACUCCCAUUUAAGCGGACUUCAGCCACGAUUUCGGGCUUGAACCAAUCCGUUUCUGCAUCGGUUCGGAAAGAAUGCACCUUUUCACUGGGGUCUUGCUCGGAUAGUAGCAUAGACAUUUCAACAUCUGCCUUGGUGGUACCUCAUUUAUCUGGCAGCCUUCCAUCAAGGACUAUUGAUCCUGCUCUUCUUUCAGAGCUUCCUAAUAUUCCUCUGGCCGAUCCAAACUUCUUUCAGAGCUCCCAAAUAGAUGUUCUUAUAGGCGCAGACAUAAUUCCGUUUGUCAUGCUUUCCGGUAUACAAAAUCCAAUUUGUGGAUCGCUACUAGCCCAGGAAACAGUAUUUGGCUGGAUCCUUACGGGCCCCAUACCUAUCCAAACCACUAGCUCAUUUACCACAAUUGUUUCGAAUUUUUGUGAAAUCUCAUUAGAGAAACAGAUUUCACGCUUCUGGGAGGUGGAAGAGCCUCCACGGAGACGAUUUAUGUCCCCUGCUGAUCAAUUGUGUGAGGACUUAUUUACCCGCUCUACCACGCGAGAUUCUACUGGGAGAUAUAUAGUGUCCCUUCCAUUCCGGCGAGAAUUUCCUGGGGAGAUUAAUUUGGGCGAGUCUAGGAGAAGCUCAAUGGCUCAAUUUCUUAAAAAUGAAUCACGACUUUUACGAACCCCCGAUUUUAAGCGAGAAUAUGAUGAUGUCCUCGAGGAGUAUAUCAGUCUGGGGCACAUGCGUGUGGUUUCUUCUUCUAAUCCUACAGAUUUCAGCCAUUGCUAUUAUCUGCCACACCACGCAGUUAUAAAACCCGAAAGCACAACUACUAAAGUCAGAGUUGUGUUUAAUGCUUCGUCAUCUACGUCCAAUGGGACCAGUCUUAACGACGUGUUGCUCAUCGGGCCGGUCUUACAAAAUGAUCUUACGAUCCUUAUUUUGAAAUGGAGGUUUUUUCAAUUCGUUUUCAAUGGCGAUAUAACAAAAAUGUAUCGUCAAAUUCUGGUGGAUGAGAAACAUACUCCAUUUCAACGAAUCCUUUUCCGGAGAAGUCCUAAUUGUCCAAUCCAAGAUUAUGAAUUGAAGACCGUCACUUUUGGGGUGAACUGUGCGCCAUAUUUGGCUAUUCGCACACUUUGUCAAUUAGCGGAAGAUGUAAGAACGCAAUAUCCUUUGGCGAGUGAUAUUCUGCGUAAUUAUAUGUAUGUGGAUGAUGCAUUGGUGGGGGCCCACACAGUUUCUGAUGCCAAGGAGGCGAAGGGUCAGCUAGUUAAGGCUCUCAAAUCUGCUGGAUUUACCAUGAGAAAAUGGACCGCGAAUUGUAGGGAAAUUCUGUCCGACAUACCCCAAGAAGAUCUACUUCGUGAGGACUUCCUUAAAUUUGAUGAUAGCAGUACGGCAAAGGCUUUGGGCAUUCGCUGGAAUGCAAUGUCUGAUUGUUUUUUCUUCUCUAUACAACCAUUCUCUGAGUCCACGACCUUUUCCAAAAGAAAGGUGCUCUCCGAGAUUUCAAAGCUAUUUGAUCCUGCCGGGUGGCUUUCUCCUUGCAUUGUUGUUGCAAAAAUAAUAAUGCAAAGCAUCUGGAUGGAGAAAAUGGAUUGGGAUGAUGAUAUUUCUCCACAGACAUUAUCUCAAUGGAGAUCUUUUCAGACGAACUAUCCAAUUGUAAAUUCCGUUAGUAUUCCUCGUUGGAUCCACUAUUCUCCGGAUUGUGAGGUGCAGUUCCAUGGGUUCUGUGAUGCGUCCGAAAAGGCAUACGCGGCCGCCUUAUAUAUUCGUGUGAAGGCAUCCAACUCCAUUCUCACAACUCUUAUAUCAUCCAAAACCAGAGUGGCGCCCAUAAAAACGCUCUCCAUUCCACGUUUAGAAUUAUGUGGCGCUGCCCUGUUAGCCGAAAUGAUAGAUAACAUUAUUCCUCAGAUGAAUGUGCCUGCCUACACUGUGCACUGUUGGACCGAUUCCACCAUUGUGCUUUCUUGGUUAGCUAAACCUCCAUGCUAUUGGACCACAUUUGUCGCAAAUAGAGUGUCAAAGAUUAGCGAAGUUAUUCAUCCAUCCAAAUGGGCCCAUGUUCCAUCAGAGUCCAAUCCUGCCGACAUGGCUAGCCGCGGAAUAUGUCCACAAGAGAUUGUUGACAAUGAUCUAUGGAAAUCAAUUAGUUCUCAGGCUGCUUCGAAUGAAAUUCUGGAUUCCGAAGGUAAAAACUCUAAUAAAAGCCACUAUAAACAAAUGCAAGCCAUGUAUUUUAUACAAGCACAAAUGUCAGGUCCAACUAAUGGCGGCACUACCCCCAGAGAGAGUUGA